UCCCUCCCAGCCCGCCCCUUCCCCCAGAGUUCCCACCCCCUUCACGUAGACUCACGGGGUGGGAGGAGCCCUUUCUGUGAGGGCCCCGCCUCUUCUUUGAAUAUUGAUAAGGUGAGCGUCGGCGUAGCCCUCCUUCCAUUGAAUGAGGCUGUGUCGCGUGGCCCGGCGUCGGCGUGACGGUUGGACGCGGGUGCGGCACUGCGGGUCCCGAUUGCUGCAGCCGCUUGUCAGUGUGAUGAAGAUUGGCACCCAGGUUUCCUGUGUUUGCAUUUGAAUGAGUCUCCCCAGCUUGAAGCUUCUCAUCAGGAGUGCUUCGAAACCUUCUGUUGUGCGAAAGGUCCAUUUUUUACCUUGUAGGAUUAGCUGAGUUUUAUAAGAAUACAAUUGCUUUUGAUUUAAGAUGAUUUGAUGCCUUGUAAUAAAAGCUUCAUUAACCAUGAUGGCUACACAGACAUUAAAUAUAGACAGCUAUCAAGAUGGUCAACAAAUGGGGAACUAAGACUCAGAGAGGUUAAGUGAUAUGCCCAUGGCCAUUUCAUCUAAUGCAAGUAGUAACAGAGUUUAAAACUGAGAGGGAGCCAAACUGUUCUGACCCUGAUGCAGAAGGAGUGAGUCCUGCUCCUGUGGAAUCCCAGACACCAAUGGAUGCAGAUAAGCAGGCCAUUUAUAGACAUCCACUCUUUCCAUUAUUAGCAUUGUUGUUUGAAAAAUGUGAACAAUCUACACAAGGCUCAGAGGGCACGACUUCAGCCAGUUUUGAUGUAGAUAUUGAAAAUUUCGUUAGGAAGCAAGAAAAGGAAGGAAAACCUUUUUUUUGUGAAGAUCCAGAAACUGAUAAUUUGAUGGUAAAAGCAAUACAGGUUCUACGUAUACAUCUACUUGAACUUGAAAAGGUUAAUGAACUCUGCAAAGAUUUUUGCAGUCGCUAUAUUGCUUGUCUGAAAACUAAAAUGAACAGUGAAACUCUGUUGAGUGGAGAACCAGGAAGUCCUUAUUCCCCUGUGCAGCCCCAGCAAAUUCAAAGUGCCAUCACAGGCACACUCAGUCCCCAAGGAAUAGUGGUGCCAGCAUCAGCAUUACAACAAGGAAAUGUAACUAUGGCAACAGUGGCAGGUGGAACAGUAUAUCAGCCUGUUACAGUAGUUACUCCACAAGGUCAAGUUGUGACACAGGCACUGUCACCUGGAACCAUUAGGAUCCAAAAUUCACAGCUUCAGUUACAGUUAAACCAAGAUCUCAGCAUCUUACAUCAAGAGGAUGGCUCAUCUAAGAAUAAAAGGGGAGUUCUACCAAAACAUGCUACAAAUGUUAUGAGAUCUUGGCUCUUUCAGCAUAUAGGGCAUCCCUAUCCAACAGAAGAUGAGAAAAAGCAGAUUGCAGCUCAGACCAACUUGACACUACUCCAAGUUAACAAUUGGUUUAUCAAUGCCAGAAGACGAAUUCUCCAGCCAAUGUUGGAUUCCAGCUGUUCAGAAACUCCAAAAACAAAGAAAAAAACAGCUCAGAAUAGACCAGUUCAGAGAUUCUGGCCUGACUCGAUUGCAUCAGGGGUUGCUCAACAACCACCUAAUGAACUCACUAUGUCAGAAGGAGCGGUUGUGACCAUUACUGCACCAGUUAAUAUGAAUGUGGACAGCCUCCAAUCUCUGUCAUCUGAUGGUGCUACAUUAGCAGUGCAACAAGUCAUGAUGGGAGGACAGAGUGAAGAUGAAUCUGUGGAUAGCACUGAAGAUGAUGGAGGAGAACUCACAGCAACGAAUAUUAGUGGCCUGGUAUUGGAUAACAGUGAUUCUCUGCAAUAGGAAGCCAGAGAAUGUGACCAUAGUUAGAGGGAAAAAAUGGACUUGACUGACUUUUUAUAGUUUGCACAGCAAACAUUUUACACAAGUUUUAUUUCUAAUGUUUUAUAUGUAGAUAUAGAAGGGUGCACUUUUUGUAUUUCAAGUAAGCUUAAACAGUCUUUGCAGGUACAGCAACUUCUUUCAAAUGUGUGUGUGGUUUUUUUUUUGUUUGUUUGUUUUGGGGGGGUUUGAAUUUUUCUUUAAAGGUUUAACUCUAAUAUAAUGAAUGACAAACAUCCCUUGAGUCCCUUUAUUAUAUCAAUGGAAAGUGCUACCAUUUUCUAAAGAAUUAUGCUGUUUUAAUUUUUCUGUCUACUUUAAAGCAGAUUCUCAAUGGGCUAAUUUAAAUCUAUAGCCAGUGAAAUUGGAUUAUUACAUUAGGCCCAACUAUUUAAAAGAAGCUUUUGCACCUUAAAACUGCCAGGAUGAGGUGAACAGCAACAUACCAGUAUAAAAGAAGUAUGAUUAAGCUGUGUUUGUAUGGAAUUUUAAAAUAAGCUUAAUUUCUCUCAUUCAGUGAGCCUGUUUCAUUUGUUAUUUAAAAAAAAAAAAAAAGAAAAAACCCUCCUAUAUUUACUUUGUUGGAAUUAUUGGAUAAACACUAUUUUUAUAAAUUGGUUACUAAUUGGGAUUAUGGUUAUAUUGAACAUAACUUCUAGAAAAUAAUACUUAUUUAGUAUUUCAAAAUGGAAGUUUCUAAACUGACCAGGUUUAAUGAACCUGCCAAAAGUUAGUAUUCCAUGGUUCUCAGAGUAUAUCUCAGAUGUAUCCCAGAAUAAUAAUUUACAUUUAGUAAUGAAGCAAAAAACAGCAACUAUUUAGUGAAAUUUUUAGUAUCUUCAAAUACUAGUUUAUGUGUUACGGCCAGAUUAAUUUCACACUUGAUCUAAACCUAUCUAAAGAUAUUUGCUAAGUAUAUAUUUAAGUAAAUUAAAUGAAAAUGGUGCCCAAUAAUUGAUCUUAAAUAACCCAGUGUCCAUAUUUUUUCUCAUUUAAAUAAUUUUUAUUAGUUUUCUGUCACAUUAACCAUGUUGUUGCUUUGGAGUUUAAAAAAAACAACAACAAUGCCAUGUAAAAUAUGUGACAUUCUCUUCAGAUAGUUCAGGACACUAGGAUAAAUAGCGAACAAUUUCCUGCAAGUGAUUUUAAAAUAUUCUUAAACUAGUGAUAAAAAAUUAAUUUCAUUGUAAUUAUGGUUUGAUGAUAUAUUUUCCUUCCAGUCAUCUUUCAUUUUUGGUGGUUGUUCAUGUGCAAUUAUUUGGUUUUGAUCCUGAAAAUCAACAUUUCUUCAUUAUAUCUUGUUUUAAACAUGACUUAUAGAUACUGUCAACUAUUUUGAAGUCUCAAAAUCAUUUUCCUCUCAUGAUCUUAUGGUAAUGCUGGAUUUGGAAUAAUACUAGAGCUUUCAAUUUCUGAGUUGACAUGUAACUAAUGAAAAGAAAAAAAAUGUUUAUUCUUUUUUCUCCCAACAACCCAACCUAUUUCAUAGUGCAAAAAGACAUUCUUUAAAUGAUUUAAAAAAAAAAAAAAAAAA